AGUGCAGUAGGAGCACAGGUCUGCAUAUAGUGUAUAGCGCACACAAUAUUGUAAUGCUCUAGGUUUGGGUUUGGCUAUUACGCAUUUAAACUGAACAACAUCCUAACGAAACAGUAUUACUAUUAGACACGGUGCUCCUAAAAGUUAUGUUUAAAGACUAAAUCAGGUGUAAGUUUGCGCUUUUUCGAUAAUUGUAUAUGCCUCUCUGAUAUUGGUGGUAGUCCCUUUUGACGAGGCAAAGGUAGAGACAGUGUUUACAGCUUCACCGGCUUUUUAGUUGACUGUUGCAUUGAGUACUUAAACACAUCAAUGAUAUGUGUGUCAAUUGUCUUGAAUGAUGAUCACCUCUGGAAGAUGCAUUAGUAUGUUUAAAGGGCUAAAAAACUGUGUUGCACAUCAAGAGCUUUGAAACAAGACAAAAAUCUGAAAGUCCUGAUGAAUCCCUUGUAACGAGAUGUAACAGGAUGCUUCAUCACCACUGUCGAAGGAACCCUGAACUGCAAGAAGAGCUGCAGAUUCAAACUGCAGUUGCAGCAGGAGAUGUCCAUACGGUGCGCAAAAUGCUGGAGCAGGGCUACUCUCCAAAUGGCCGUGAUGCCAAUGGCUGGACCCUGCUUCACUUUUCAGCAGCAAGAGGGAAGGAGAGAUGUGUCCGAGUGUUCCUGGAACAUGGAGCUGAUCCAACGGUGAAAGACUUAAUAGGUGGCUUCACAGCUCUGCACUAUGCGGCUAUGCAUGGCCGGGCACGGAUUGCGCGUUUGAUGUUGGAGUCAGAGUACCGAAGUGACAUCAUCAAUGCCAAGAGUAAUGAUGGCUGGACUCCCCUCCAUGUGGCAGCCCAUUAUGGUAGGGACUCGUUUGUCAGGCUCCUCCUGGAGUUCAAAGCUGAGGUCGAUCCACUCAGUGAUAAAGGCACCACACCACUUCAGCUGGCCAUUAUCAGGGAGAGGUCCAGCUGUGUGAAAAUCCUGCUGGACCACAAUGCCAACAUUGACAUCCAGAAUGGCUUCCUUUUACGCUAUGCUGUGAUCAAAGGCAACCACUCUUACUGCCGUAUGUUCCUCCAGAGGGGGGCAGACACAAAUCUGGGGCGCUUGGAAGAUGGACAGACUCCCCUGCAUUUGUCUGCUCUCAGGGAUGACGUUCUCUGUGCUCAGAUGCUGUACACUUACGGGGCAGAUACUAACACCAGGAACUAUGAGGGGCAGACACCAGUGGCAGUGUCUGUCAGUAUGUCUGGAACGAGCCGGCCCUGUCUGGAUUUCCUACAAGAAGUCACAAGACAACCAAGAAAUUUGCAGGACUUGUGCAGAAUAAAAAUUCGACAGUGUAUAGGACUUCAGAAUUUAAAACUUCUUGAUGACUUGCCAAUUGCCAAAGUCAUGAAAGACUAUUUAAAACACAAAUUUGACAGCAUCUGAUCCGUACAGUCUACACAAAGAAAAUGACUGCAGACUUACAUCCUCAAUGAACUCCUAUGCAAGUGCUGACUUUUGUAUGUGAAAGCUCUGAACAAACUUAGAUUUUGUAUAAGCUGCAGUCUUACCUUUGUUUUUCACCCCAGGUUUCAUGAAAAUUUGCUUUAUUAAAGAUUUUUUAUGAAGGUUUUUUCCAUUUUAACAAUAUUCAUACAGCUUAUGGGGAAAACAGAAGUUCUGAAUCUUUAUUCUAUAGGCUAUAUAAAUUAUUUAAAAAUUGUGGUAUCUGUCUGGCUCCUGAGGGCAGCAGUAAAGUGGGAAAAUGUUAUUGAGAAACUUGCUACUUUAUGCUAUUUAAAAAAAAUGAAUUUCAUUGUUUUUUUUAAAUUUAAAUGAAACAUUAUGCUCUGUUAAACAAGUUGUUUUCAAAAUGUUUUCUUAAAAGUAAGGUUUUCUCAGAGUAACCAUUCUCAGAUUGUGUGUUCUGAAAGUAAAUGUUAGCCUUGUAAUUUGAAAUUAUGGACACAAAUUUUUACCUAUUAUAAACUGAGUCUAACCGUAAUUUUCCAAUUCAGCAAUUUUGUGAGAAGUAAUUGUAAUACUGAAAAGUCUCAAAUCUGAAGGCUAUUCACAUUUCAACCUCCUUGACUGCUUUAGGGUAGGCAUUACAAUCUUUCGCUUAUUUCCAACCAAAUACUUUUUUGUCAUGUGGACUAUGUCUAGUUUUGGCAGUAUGCAAUGGUUUCGGAGUGUAGAAUGAUGUUACAUUGUUUUGUAAAGCAGGAUAUAAAAAGUUUAAAUAAUGAUUGAAAAAUUAUUUCUUUCAGUAUUUGGGAAUAAUUGAUUAAUAUUCAGAUACUGCCCAGUCACAAGAGCUUUUCCUAGGUCAUUUUAUCAAGGGUGAAUAUAAAGUGUGUGGACAUCGUGUCUGCCAAACUGUUUUCAUCUGAGUUUAACUUAGCCUGACCUUUUAAUUAAA